CGAACUCAACGGGUGACUCCAGGUCCCUCUUUCGAAUCGAUCCAUGGAGGAUGGUGGCGCGCGAGGCGGGAAGUAGGCGCAACGAAGUUAUCCUUAAGAAUCAGUUGCUUUUGUUCCUCGAUUGAUCGAAGAGCUGCGCGGGAAUCGAGGUUUAAAGAGGACCAAGAGGUGGGAAUCGGGGAGGACACCGAAGUGGAGAUCCUGCUGCUUCGCAUUGUGUCGAAGGAGAUCUUUCUCAGACAGCCAAUUCUGCUGGAGCUCGUGAUUCCCGGGGUAACCAUGAAUGUGCUUCCAUCAAUCGGAUAUAUAGACAAGACAAAGUGUCGGAGUUUCUUGAGAAGCAUGAUCUGGAUCUCAUCUGUCGUGCCCACCAGGUGGUGGAAGAUGGCUAAUGAAUUUGUUGCAAAGCGACAGCUGCUGACAAUAUUCUCUGCCCCAGAUUAUUGUGGGGAAUUUGAUAAUGCUGGUGAUAUGUUGAGUGUAGAUGAAACUCUCAUACGUUCGUUUCAGAUUCUUAAACCAGCUGACAAGAAGAAGGGAUUAAAGAACAAUUUCUUAAAACCAGAAACACCUCCAAGAAAGGGUCCUUCAAUCAGCCAAAAGACAUCUCAGCAAGCAAAUCCUGCAGCUUUCCUGUCUGCCCCACAGUGAACUCUCCACGUGAUUACUUCAGUUGCCAACACAAAUUUGAUAUUGAACUAGUCUUCUAUUCAGAUCUACCAAUUGAUAAUUUGUAGCUGUUUUUUCUCUGACCGAUGAAGAAUUCGAUGUUUGGAUCAAACUCUUUUUGACUCUUCCACUGUUCAUUGAUAUGAGCUGUGAGGAAGCAAACAAGAUAAAGAUAAGCACAGAGAGCUGAGUCAACAAGAAGCUUUUAUCAGUUAUCAACAGGAAGAAAAAGCUUUCCUUGUGGAUUGGUUUCCAUGGAAUUUCCAUGCGUGAAAAAUGUUCUUUGUGUGCUGUGUUUACUUGAAAGUGACGAGAGAAUAUUAAAAGAGAGUAGAAAGUUGGUGCACGGUGAGUUAAUGAACUCUCAUCAAUCGUCAAACAUUCAAAUUUUCCUUGUGGAUAAGUUUUCAUGCAUGAAAAAACUUAUUUAAGUUCUUUGUUUUCUUCAGAGUGGCAAGAAAAUGUAAAAGAGCUAGAAAGUGUUGGGCUUUCUUUGGACAAAAUGGAACAAGAUGAGCAAUGAAAAGGA